AUGAUUAAUAAAAUAGCAUCAUCCACAUCUUUUAAUGAACCUGUUAAUACCAACGUAUCAGUAAUUGAUGCUGCAUUUCCGGGAACACUUCCGCAAUUAAAUGCUAAAUGUGUUGAACUUGCUGUCACGGCAUCGUUAGCAUUAUCAGGAAAUGUUCAACUAGUAUCUUCAUUCGAUCGCAAGCAAUAUUUUUAUCCUGAUUUACCAUCUGGUUAUCAGAUAACUCAACAUUAUG